AUGGCUCCAAUGAAGAUGUCUAAAGGUGCUGUGAAGGCCGUCAAGAAGUUCGCUGAAAAUGUCAUUGAUGAAGAGCGUCUCAAACAUGUCACUUGUCCUAUCGGCUACGAUCUGUUUAAAGAUCCCGUGUUUUGUUGUGGCGACGGUAUAACAUAUGAACGCGAACACAUUGAACGAUGGUUUGAGACACACGACACAUCACCACUGACGGGAGCAAAGUUGGCAUCACUUGAUCUUGCUCCAAACUUUGCAAUGAGAGCUCAAGCGGACGCGAUGCGUAAGCGAAGCGAUGACCAACCAGGGGAACGAUCAAACGAGGUUAUAAAAAGUUCUACAGACCCCAUUAUUUUUCGGCUUCAAGAAAAGAUUAGGGAACUGGACGCAAGGCUUGAUACGAAGGUAAUUUUUAGUAAGCACGCAGUAAAUAAAUAA